UAAUCCGUGUGAUUUUUACAUAUAUGGUUUAUUGAAUUUAUGGACUGUUUUUAAAACGUUAGGAAAAUACAAUUAUACUAUUCUUUUUAUUGUGAAAUAUAAAAAAAAACAAAUGGACUUCAUGUUAGUUGUCAGAUCAAGUGAAUAAUUAGAGCAAUGCAGCUCCGCAUCAAGGCGGAAGAUGUGGCCCCUGUUGGCUUUGAGCAGGGGGCAAAGACAGAUGACCACCUGACCACACCGAUGGGGAGGAAGAAACGCUUGAUCAAGUGUCGUGACAAAAAUGCUGUUAACAAGCAGGUUACGCUAACCUCUGGCAAAAAGUUGCGCAAGGAGAAGACACAAGAGGUGAAGAUGAUGAACGGGCUGACCAAGUGCAGUCCUCAGGUGAACGGGGACGUGGACCUUAUAACCUCCACCCCACACCAGCCCUCUGCAGCAAGGCGGAAAGGUCGGAGGCCUAAGUGCAAAAAAGCAGAUGAAGCUGAUAUUCCAAAUUCUAGUCCACCUAGGACAUCAGUGCUAGGCACCAUUUUCUCACCUAUUUAUCAGCCAUUUCAUGCACAUACAGACCAAGAGUGCAGCAGUUCAGUGACAGACCUGGAGGCCAUAGCCAGGGUGCUUGACCUGGAUGAUGUCAUGAUAGAGACAGUGAUAGAAAGUACUAUUUCCAGUAAAGAAAAUGAGGAUCCCACCAUGGACGUGUCUCCAGAGGCUGACUGCAAAGAGCUCCUCAUGGUGGAGGACAACAACAACAACAGCAGCAACAACAACAGCACGACCACAACCAUCGCUGCCACCAACACCGCCACCAUCUGCAGCAGCCACCUCCACAUGGUGGCCACCACCAGCAGCACCUGCAGCGUGGAGAUGCACAACCAGCACAACCACCACAUCUACCACAACCCCGGCUGCUGCAGCACAACCAUGGGAGUGCAGACGGCGGAGUGUGGGACGUACGUCAGUGAGGAGGAGGAAGGAUCUGAGGAGGGUUAUGAAUGGGAUGCUGAGUUACAAGACCCGUAUGCCAUCAUUAGAAGCUUACCUCCCCUGACAGAUGAACUGAGGGCCAGAGUUCCAGCCCUUCCAUUGAAAACUCGCAGCUCACCGGAAUUUUCUUUAGUGCUUGAUUUGGAUGAGACUUUGGUCCACUGUAGCUUGACUGAGUUAGAGGAUGCUGCAUUUUCUUUUCCUGUUUUGUUUCAAGAGGUUUCAUAUAGAGUUUUUGUGAGAACAAGGCCAUUUUUCCGUGAGUUUUUGGAAGCUGUGUCACAACACUUUGAGGUGAUUCUCUUCACAGCAUCAAAGAAAGUUUAUGCAGACAAACUGAUGAACUUGUUGGAUCCAGAGAAAAAGCUCAUCAAGCAUAGGUUGUUUAGGGAACAUUGUGUGUGUGUCAAUGGGUACUACAUUAAAGACUUAUCCAUACUGGGACGUGAUCUAGCUAAGACUGUUAUUAUUGAUAACUCACCACAGGCAUUUGGUUAUCAGCUGGACAAUGGGAUCCCUAUAGAAAGUUGGUUUGUAGACAAGGAUGAUAAGGAAUUGUUGAAGGUUCUUCCCUUUCUAGAGGAGUUGCGAGUUAAGAACCAAGAUGUGAGACCACAGAUCAGAGAUCGCUACCGCUUACACACGCUACUUCCACCAUAAAGGCGGCCACUGUCGUAUUCUCAUUAGAGGGGCAGCCAUGCGAGGUCAAGGCAUGAACAGGCAAAGGAAAACGCAAGGACCACUGCAGCCGUCAGUGUUGUUUCAUUUUUAUUUCAAUUGUUUGUUACUACACUUUGAAAUCUAUUUAAAGCCAGUCUCAUGUAGCUCUCACUCACUGAGUUUAAGGAGAUUAUAAUUGUCAUGGUUUUUUUUUUAAACUGUUUGAAGCUACAUAACAAAUGUUCAUGUUAUUUAAAUUACUGUGCUUUUGUUUGGAAAAAAAGAGUAUUCUUUUUGUAUUAUUAUAACAGUAGAGAGUUAUUUGUUUUUUGUUGAGUAAAUCAUUGGUUAUUUAGAAUAAUGGCAAUCAUUCUCUUUGGUGUGAAUGAUAUGUCUUACUGAUUUUAAAAUCAGCGAUGUAAGAUUAUUCCCUGAAACAAUUCAUCUAUUAUUUAAGUAAUUGUUUUUAGCUGUUGAAAAUUAAUUAUUUUUAGCGUUAGGUAAUUUAGACCCAUAGUUUAGUUUUCCCUCCUUAUAUUUUUAAAUAUAAUGCAAGGUUUUUCUGUUCAAUUAUGAUCUAAAAAUGACAAUCCUAAUGGUCAGUAAAUCUAAAUAAAAAUUUUUUUAGUUUAUAUCCUCCAGUAUAAAUAAAUUUCUCUUUCUAAGACAGGGUUUCUGAGUGCCAGAAUACCGUAUCAAAUUUGUUUCCUCUUUCCUAGUAUAAAAACACAUGUAAAAUUGUUUAGUAUUAGUAGUAUAAUUGAAUGUUGUGUUGUUGCCCUCCCCUUCCCUCCACACUUUGUUGAUGAUAGAGUUGUUUUAAACAAAAUUUUGUUGAUGUUCCUUGCAAACACUGCAUAGUUAUUUACUAUUGGAUGGCAGAUUUUUAAAGCAUUAGUAUUCUAAAAUAAUUUUAGAAUGAUUUUUAAAAAAAACUAUUUAAAAAAAUUUGAUUAUAAGAUUUUUAUUAUCUUUUAUUUUUUUAAAUAUGUAUAAAUGGUUUAAAAUUCUGAACUAUUAACUGUGAGUUAAAUCUUGUUUGGUUUUUAAAAUAUAUGUGAUACUUCUUUUAUUUAGUUACAUUGUAUUUUUUUCUUUAUAUUAUUAAUCUAUACAUAAUAUAUACAUAUUAAAAAAUAUAUAUAACAAAUGUGCAUGUACAGCAAUGUGUGCAUUACUUAAAUUAAUUGAAUGUCUGUACAUAAUAUGUACCAAAAAUUUCAAACAAUUAAAUUAUGCUUUUCUUUUUUAGCCACCUGGUCAAUUGAUAACUAUAUUGUACUGAAUUAUAAACAUUACUGUAAAAAUGUGCAUGUUGUAUAGCAAAAUGUAUUUCCCAAUGCACUACUCCAUGCCCGCUCUCCAUGUAACUCUGUCAGUGUUGACUAGACCAGACCCUAUCUGUGUGUCAUUAUAUUUUAUUAUUUGGGUGUCACUUUGUUUGUUGUGUUCAUUUUCACACUAGAAAUAGUAAAGGGAGGCCACUCCAGUUGACAGGAUGAGUAACUCUGUCAUUAAAUUUGAUCAAAUUUUGUUAACAUGGUAGAUCUGUGAAAAUAUACGCAUUUACUACACAAGAUAGAAUGUAUUUUUAUAAUAUGAUUUCAUUAUGUGAUUAUUUUUUUAUUGUAUUAACAUUGUUUAAAUCACAGAAUUAUUUUCAGGGUGGUUUAAAAUAUUUAUAAUAGCUGAUUAUUUUUUACAGUAGUAAUAAAAGUAAAGAAAAGUAUUUGAAAUAUCUGUUUUUAAAAU